AUGAUUCUCGAGCUUCUAAUCCCCCAUUCCUUCGGCUACGGACAAGGCUUAAACAAGAUCCCCGGCCCGUGGCUAGCGGGCUUCACAGACUUAUGGAGACUUUUUAUCGUCCGAGGGCGUCGAGCCCAGGAAGUCCACAUCGAACUGCAUAAAAAGUACGGUCCAAUGGUUAGACUGGGUCCGCGAGCCGUGUCUGUAGCGGAUCCAGAGGCGAUAAAGAUCAUCUACAGCCCAAGUUCUGGAUACUCAAAGUCGGGCUUUUACCCGGUGCAGCAAGCCUUGGCCAAGGGGAACAGACUCGAGACCAUGUUCAACACGGCCAAUGACAGUUACCAUGCAAGGCUCCGCAGAUCUGUCUCGAAUGCAUACGCAAUGAGCACGCUCGUUGCUUUUGAACCGUUUGUCGAUUCGACCUCGACCGAGUUUCUCAAGCAGCUAAAGCUUCGUUUUGCCGACCGGCCAGGGGACGAGGGCAUUUGUGACUUUGGGGCUUGGCUUCAAUACUAUGCGUUUGACGUCAUUGGUGAACUGACCUUUUCUAAGCGGCUUGGUUUCGUCGAGACGGGCCGUGAUGUUGACAACAUUAUUCGAGAUUUGGAAGGCUUCCUGAACUAUGUGUCAUGGAUUGGCCAAAUUCCUUUCCUCGACCGCUUGUUCAUCAAGAAUCCGAUCAAGAUUUGGAUGGCCAAGAACGGUCUCCUCAACUCGAGUGCUCCUGUUGCAGAAUUUGCAAAAAAGCAUGUCGUCGAACGCCAACGCGAAGAAGAAUCAGGGAACUCGAAAACUCCGAGAAGAGACUUCUUGAACCGGUUCAAGGAAGCGCGAGCCAAGGACCCUGAGUUUAUCACGGAACAACUGGUUCUCGCCUUGACAGUCGCAAAUAUGUUUGCGGGAUCCGAUACGACCGGAAUAACAAUGAGAGCUGUCUUUUACUACUUGCUGAGGGAUCCAUCAAAGAUGGACAAAUUGCUUGAUGAGCUCGCCAGGGAGAGCAAGGCUGGGAGGUUCUCAAGAGAAGAUGGGCUAGCCCAAUGGGAAGAAGUCAGAGACUUGCCGUAUCUCAGCGCUGUGAUCAACGAGGCUCUACGCUGUCAUCCUGCCGUCGGACUUACAAUGGAAAGGAUAGUACCACCAAGCGGAGUCACUAUUGCUGGUCAUUUCCUACCAGGCGGCACCAUCGCCGGAUGUUCUGCGUGGGUCAUCCAUCAAAACGCCGAGGUGUUUGGAUCUGAUGCCGCGGACUUCCGACCUGAACGCUGGAUAGACGCGACUCCAGAGCAACGACGACGAAUGAACAAUUGUCUGUUCUCCUUCGGUGCGGGAGCUAGAACAUGCAUCGGCAAGAAUAUUUCAUUGCUCGAGCUCUACAAGCUCGUCCCGACAAUUCUUCGGAGGUUUGAGCUUGAGCUGGUGAAUCCAGAGACGCCCUGGAAGCUGCAUAAUGCGUGGUUUGUGAGACAGGCAGGCUUCAAUGUACGACUCAAGGAAAGAGACCAAAUCAUCUGA